UUAUUUUUCCUCGUAUAGUAACACAGUGUUAAUUUUAUAUAUGCAAUGUUAUUGUUACAUGAUAUCAAAUUUCGCGAAGAAGAAUUUUUCAAUUUCUUAUGAUUCGGCUAUAACAUGAAUUACACCGAAAAAGGAUUCUAAUCAUUAUUGUACUCAAUAUUACGCGAAAAAGCGUUUGGAAUCGUUGCUCUUUUUAGGACUACAUUGUCAGGUCCAUUUUAUAUUUCACAAUUUUCAGUCGUAGCUGUUGUAAGUUUUACAAAAUAGGUCGAUUUCAGUGUUUUAACCUUUUUCAACUUAUGUAAGAUAAUUAACAGAAGAAACUAUAAUGAAUAUUACCUCUGAUAUUGUACCCGAAGUACAACCUGGUGUGUUCACCUAUGAGUUAUAUACAAUAUUGAGCAAUUUCGAAUCUGCCAAUCUUGCUCAAGUGAAGUAUGUGCGAAAACAGACUCCUGAUGAAGACUUGGAAUUUAAUUUAUGGACAAAGCCAGAUUGUGGUGGCACAGAGUUUGAAUGCAAUUACAAAUCAUGGUUCUAUUUUGCCAUAAAAGGAGGUAUUCCGGGUACCGCUGUAAGGCUAAAUUUAGUGAAUUUAAAUAAACAAAGUAAAAUGUACAGUCAAGGCAUGACUCCUGUUUUUAAAGUUGAUUUAGGAAAAUCUGAAAAACCAAAUGCAAAAUUUAGUAAAGCAUCCUGGUUCAGAAUAAAAGAAAUACCCACAUAUCAGGUAAAUGAAAACCAAGAAUUUGUAUUGAGUUUUAGUCAUCGUUCUUUGGAAAACAUUGAAGCCACAACAUAUUACGCUUUUACUUAUCCUUACACUUAUACUGAUUUAUGUAAUAGUUUAAGUUUUUAUGAAAAACAAUUUCCAUUACCAUCAGAUUUAAAAGAGAAAAAUGAAAAGGAUAUAUAUUUUCAUCGGGAAACAAUAGUCAAAUCUUUAGACAAUCGCUCUGUUGAUUUGUUAACUAUAAGUUCAUUUAAAGAUAUUUCAGAAGAAAGAGAAUGUCGUUUGUUUGGAUUAUUUCCUGAUGAAAAUAAACCUAGACCAUAUGCAUUUAAAAAAAAAAAGGUUGUAGUUAUGAGUGCUAGAGUACAUCCAGGUGAAACUCCUUCUAGUUUUGUUAUGAAUGGUUUGAUAAAAUACUUGCUUAGUAAAGAUGAACAAGCUAAUAUUCUCCGACAGAAUUACGUUUUUAAACUAAUUCCUAUGUUGAAUCCAGAUGGAGUAGCUAGAGGAUUUUAUAGAACCGAUACUAGAGGUACUAAUCUUAAUAGAUUUUAUCUUAAGCCAUCUUUAAAAUUUCAUCCAACCAUUUAUGCUGCCAGAUCAUUAAUUUUGUAUCAUCAUCUGGGGUAUGAAUUACGAGACGAAUUAAUUAAAGAACAUUCAAAUAUAUUGGAUUUAACUACUUCUUCAUCAACUUUUUGUAGAUCAUCUGAUAAUGAUGAUGAUUUAAAUAUUAGAAUAAAAGAUAUGCUUGCAACAGAUUGUAUUGUAUAUGAUGGACAAAAUAAAAUAAAACCAAAAAUUAUAAAUAAUGAUCCAGAUUCAUUGAAUAUUUUAUUAAAGAAAAGUCAAUCAUGUACAGCUGAUUUUUUUACCAACAAAGGUCUUGAUUCAGGAUUAUAUUUGUAUGUUGAUUUCCAUGGUCACGCAUCCAAAAAAGGAAUAUUUAUGUAUGGAAAUCAUUUUGACAACAUUGUUGAUAAUAUUGAAUGUAUGGUUUACCCCAAGCUUAUGUCUAUAAACAAUCAAAAUUUUCAUUACACUUCUUGUAAUUUCAGCGAACAUAAUAUGUAUUCUAAAGACAAAAAGUUUGGUCUCAGCAAAGAAGGAAGUGGAAGAGUAGCUGUCCUUAAAUAUACUGGUCUUAUACGUAGUUACACAUUAGAAUGUAACUACAAUACUGGCAGAUUUGUCAAUUUUAUUCCACCUACAGUACAUUUUGUUGCAGAAAGAAGAACUCAAAGUCUGGUCCCUCCAAAAUUUACACCAACCAUAUUUGAACAGGUUGGAAAGUCAUUGGCAAUUUCUAUUUUGGAUCUGUCAAAUUUAAAUCCAAAUAGUCGGUUGGAGAAUAGUGAUUUUAAAUCAUUGACAGGAUUAAGAGAAAUGUUACGUUCAAAUAUUAUUUCUGAUUGUAACCGUAAUCGGCGUUUAGGAUCAAAAUCAACUAGUAACAUUAAUGUUGAUAUACCAAUCACAUCAAAACAAGUAAAAAAAUCUUCAAUUUCGUAUGAUUUGAUGAAACCUACCACAUCAAAAUUAUUACAACCAAUUAUGGCUAUUUCAGUAACACCUAAAACCAAACCAACUCCACUUCAUAAAACUAUUAAAAAACCAACAAGUGGUGGAAUAAUAAAAAAAAAUUUAAAAAAACGAAAAAUGACUGCAAGCAAACAAAAAGCAGUUGUAAAUACUGCAGAUAACAGCUUAAAACUAUGGUGUUUGGAAAAAAAAACUGAUUUGAAACCAUUAUGUGUAUUAGGUGCUGAACAAUGGAAAAAGAAAAAAUAAUAGUUCAUCAAUUUUCUAAGACAUAAAUAUUUGAAUAAACUACUAACAUUUUAGUACAUAGAAUUUCUAUAUUAUAAAUAUUUUGUGUUCGUAUAAGACAUAAUUAUCAAAGUUUCAUUUUUAUUAAGGUGCUAUUAUGAUCAAUAUUUAUAUUUACUGAUAUAUAUUUUUUAAUACUUUUCCUAUA